GCACCGGGCCUGCGGCUGGUGCUGGACUUCAUCAACGCGGGCGGCGCGCGCGAGGGCUGGGGCCUGGCCGAGGACGAGCUGGCCGAGGCCAGCGUGCUGGCCGAGCUGGUGGAGGCCGCGUCCUUCCUGCAGGUCACGGCGCUACUGCGCCUGCUGCUGUCGCACGUGCGUCUGGGCAACUGCUUGGAGCUGUACCGCCUGGCUCAGGUGUACGGGCUGCCCGACCUGCAGGACGCCUGCCUGCGCUUCAUGGCCCUACGCUUCCACCAGGUGCUGUGCCAGCCGCACUUCCCGCUGCUGCUGUCGCCACCGCCCGGUCCCGGGGACUGCAGCCUGAAGCAGAGGCUGAGGGAGGACCGCAUGCGCGGGACUCCGGUCCUGGUGGCCCUGGGGGACUUCCUCGGGGGACCCUUGGCCCCGCAUCCGUAUCAGGGGGAGCCACCGUCCAUGCUUAGGUACGAAGAGUCCACGGAACGCUGGUUCCCGCUGGCUAACAACCUGCCCCCUGAUCUGGUGAACGUCAGGGGCUAUGGCUCAGCCAUCUUGGACAACUACCUCUUCAUCGUGGGCGGGUACAGGAUCACCAGCCAGGAGAUCUCGGCCGCACACUCCUACAACCCCACCACCAACGAGUGGCUGCAGGUGGCCUCCAUGAACCAGAAGCGCUCUAACUUCAAACUCGUGGCUGCCAGUUCGAAGCUCUAUGCCAUCGGUGGGCAGGCGGUGUCCAACGUGGAGUGCUAUAAUCCUGAGCAGGAUGCAUGGAAUUUUGUGGCUCCCCUGCCAAAUCCUCUGGCUGAGUUCUCUGCCUGCGAGUGCAAGGGGAAGAUUUAUGUCAUUGGCGGCUACACCACCCGAGAUCGCAACAUGAACAUCCUGCAGUACUGUCCCUCCUCUGACCUCUGGACGCUCUUUGAGACCUGUGACGUCCACAUCCGCAAGCAGCAGAUGGUGUCCGUGGAGGAGACCAUCUACAUGGUGGGUGGGUGUCUCCACGAACUGGGGCCCAACCGCAGGAGCAGUCAGAGCGAGGACAUGCUCACCGUGCAGUGCUACAACACGGUCACCCGGCAGUGGCUCUACCUGAAAGAGAACACGUCCAAGUCGGGCCUGAACUUGACCUGUGCCCUGCACAACGAUGGCAUCUACAUCAUGAGCAGGGACGUCACCCUGUCCACCAGCUUGGAGCACCGAGUGUUUCUCAAGUACAACAUCUUCGCCGACAGCUGGGAAGCCUUCCGGCGGUUCCCAGCCUUCGGGCAUAACUUGUUGAUUUCCUCUCUCUAUCUACCCAACAAAGCAGAGACCUGAAUGAUUUAACAGUGUUUAGAAGAACAAUCUGGUUCGAGAGGGGAGGAAGGCAACCCUCUGACAUUCCGAUUCCCGAAGGGCACAGUAGACUAACUUAGGCCGUGUGUGUCGGAGGCUUGGCUGUAAAUAAGCUUUCUUGAACUAAUUACUUGAAGACUUGGGGGAAGGACACCAACAUUAUCCCUUCUAGGCUGUUUUACACAUCAUGGGAACAAAUGCCAUAAGUAUUCUUCCAAACCUAACCAUCUUGGGCCAACAACUAAAACUCAGCAUUAGAAAGUAGACAGCCAGGGUCUGCCCCAUAAGGGCCGAGGUCAGCAUCUGGCACAAUGGAGUAUUUGGAUGGCUUUUUUUCUGUGUUCUCCCCUCUGGGGGUAGAACCUAGGGCCUCAUGCUAGUCCCGUAAAGAUGACUUUAAAAAAAUGCUAUUUCCUUUGGUCACCUGAGAUGUCAUGAGUAGGGGAUUUUCCUCUUUCAUGUUCAGGUUUUUUUUUUGACAAGCGUUAGGAACCACCUCCUCACUCCUCUGGUCUCUGUUGUCACCCAGAUUCUCUGGUAAGGCGCCUUAUUAUAUAUGUGUUUCAGGGAUCCGACAGGUGUGUCCAGCCUUUUGACAUUUAGGAACUGCAUUACCAUUUACCAAGUUCGUGCACAGUUAAGUUACCUUUAAAAAAUUUUUUUCAAUGUUUUAAGUAAGGUCCUGAUGUUGAGUUAGCUGGAGUUAGAGCUGUCUGCAGGGGCCCACAGUUGUGACUGCCUUGUCCACUAUAAUGGUCGAGCCAGACAGGGAAUCUGCACACGCAGCUGGUCCCUCCACACACUUGGAUGAGCGCAUGCCAGCUACUUCUCCAGCCUGUCUGCGGUUGAGAAGGCUGCGCAAGCAGGCUGGCCAGCCUCAGGCUGCGUGUGGCAAAUGCAGGCCUGUGUGGGUCAUGGACCCUGCGUUGUGAGGUCUUUAUGUUUAGAAGAUUGCUCUUAACAUUUUAUAAAUGGAGUCUUAGAUGAGGGAGUACCACAUAAGGAAAACAUGCCUUUGUGCGUUGUUCUUAUUGAAUGUAUUGACUUAGAUCUUGUUUCAAGAUUUAAAAUUUUAAAAUAAACAAACAAGUUUUGCACAUCUAGAUGAGGAUUCCUGCGCAGGGGCAGGUGUGCGGUCACGGGCUGCCUUUAAAGGCAAGGUGGCUGUAGCUCGUUUACGUUAGAAAGCGGGGGUGAGAUUCCGUACAGACACGAAUGACCUCUGCUGGCAUGUCGGAAUUGAGGUGCUGGCUCAUGGCUCUCAUGCCAACAGCAGUGAGCAACAGCUCUAGAGAGUUCACUGAGUCGGUUCACGACGGAUAAAGGGAUCUGCCAAUCACGGGUCCGUGUUUCUUAACAAACUUAAGAGCCCACUUAGCAUGCACGAGAGGCCCCGGGUUUAAUCUCCAGCACUUAACAGCAACAAGGCCCUCACUUACAGGAAUUUUGAUUGAAGAGCAUUUGCUAUGACCAGCUGCUCUCUUGUAGUGGAGUCGGUUAACCAAGCCAGACUCUGUCUCUGCCCCAGCAGUGGGCGGCGGGCAGUGCCCGGUCAGUGACAGCCACCUUACACAGUUAAGAAAGCUCUGUAGAAAAGCCAAAACUACAGGCAGAUUCAUUGCUCUUGGCUGCUCUCCCAGUGGCUGGUCACGCAGAGGGGGGAUGGUAUCCCCUCUCCCCAGUAUCUUCAGGGUUUUUUUUACAGCCAUGCCUCUAAUAUACCCAGAGAGUCUACUUAUAAAACUUCUAUUUGCACAGCUAUUUAAAAAUUCUGUGUUCGAGGGCAGCCUGGUGUGCAGAAUUCUAGGAUAGCCAAAACUAGACAAAGAAACCCCAUCUCAAAAAACAAAACAAAAAAAUUCUGUUAGUGUUUAUUUGGGACUUGGUGACAGAUCUCAGGGUCUUGUCACCAAAUCUACCAGUAGCUUUCCAGUCUGUAACCUGCUUAUAAUGCUGUUGGAAGCUUGCAGGCCAUUGCCUUAUAGCCCAGGAUAACCCCAAAGUUGGGAUUCUCAGCUUGGCCUCCCCACUGCUGGGACUGUAGGCCUUGUGCAACCCUGUCCUUCUUUCUUUUUCCAUUAUUUUUUAAAUUGUUUAUGUUGGGUUCUUUUCAAAAAAACAAAAACUGAAAUCCUCACCAAAAAGUGGUACUUAUAGAAUAGAUUUAAUUUAUAUUUCGCUGUAGAACGGAGUUUUGGGGAGUCUAUAAUUUCACUACUGCACCUUAGAAUCUAAUUUAUGUUCACCACUGUGACUCUUCACCGUAUGCAGCCUAACCCCAUAUUCAGAGAUGAUGGGUGUUGAGUUAGCGUUGAGCAAAGAUGGGCGGUUAAAGGUACAUCAUUGUGUCUGCCAGUCAGCCACGUCUCUUCCUGAGCACCGUCUCUUGGGCGUAUUUCCUAAUGCUCAACUUGGACCAAAUGGAGGUAACCACUGUCAUCCGCCAAGCUCCUAACAACCCGGCUUGCUAGGUUGCCCUUGUACUGUUGGUGGGGAAGAGGAUCUAGAUGCACAGACUCCCAACAGAAUUCUGUUGUUCUUGCUGCCAGCCGUGCUUGGGGAAAGACUGGGCAGCUUUCAUGGCAUCCGUCUGCCUGCGCCCUUCACCCGUGUGGACGUUUUGAGAGCUAGAGCUUCCUUCUGCUGGUACCAGUUGGAGACUUCAGCCAAAUGACUGUGUCUUUGAAACCCUUCCCGCCUUCAGGCAGCUCCUUAGAUGGUACUGUCUUUAUUUUCUUCCCAUUCCCUAGUGCCUUACCCACUCCCAGAUGUUUCUGAGGGAUUCUGACUCCCACUGUGUGGCAGAAAGUGUCUGGGAGGACACCCCGUGGGAGCUGCCUGCCAGAAGAGUCUAGUGCGUUGGUUGGUGGAAGGGGUUUUUUUUUUUUUUUUGCCCCGACCUCAGUGUUCCGACUCAAGAGGCUUCUCACCUCGGUACCUUGGAAAGGUUCUGAGAUGAUAGUGUGAGAACCGGUAACUUCUUCAGUCCGCGCUAAAAUGUAACAUCAAAGAUUCUGGAAGGCUGGGGAUGCCGGCCAGAAACAAAAGGCUUAAGAUGAAGCAUGAAACCAAAGAAGACUUUGACUAUGGUGUUUUCUGUUUUGUUUUGUUUCUAAAACCAAGAACCCGAGAAAUUCCAAAGGCCUUAGGUUUUCAUUCAAGUUGAGGGAGCGAGAGCGUACUGCAGGUAGAGGGAAAUGUGUCCUUGUGCUAAAGUUGUUUAGGGGUGCCAUCUUCAGAUUCCCGGCUAACAUUCAAGCCUGUUUGGUCAAAGAGGUAAACAGAGGCAGGGCUCUGAUGUCUUUGUCAACCGGUGUUUAGUGAGUAUGGCUUAACGCUGCUGGUCCUAGGGUCUGCUAAGGGCUGUUCUUAGACCAGGAGUGGGGAGUAUGAGGUGUGUGCCUCUCCCUCUCUGCCACUGUUUGCUCUCAGAAGACCUGAUGGUCAGUGCUACCAGACAUCCCUGCCAGCCCGCCAGAGUGGAGUGAGUACCAGUUCCCACCCCUGCAUCAGAGACAGUGGGUGGGCAUGAAGGGAGCCGUGAUUUCUGGAAACAGUGAGCUGCGUCAACUCCAUUCCCUGGUGACCAGAAACACUUGAAUGUCAGUGCAAGACAGUGCUGAGCCCGGGACACCGGCCGAGCCGUCGCCGUCAUUCUCAUUUCAACUAGGGUGUUGUUAAAGAUGCCCGCUUUAGUCAGGCACACCGGGCCCUGUCUGGCAGCCUCUCACAUCUUGGCCCAAUCUUCCCACUGCCUCAUGAUUUAGUAAUAAUCCCGGGAGCUCGUUUGUUCAUAAAUCUGAACAUGUCCCCUGUUUUGGUUUUUUACUAUAUGCUUUUUUAAAAAGUUAACUACUUUUUAUAAUCCUUGCACUUCACAGUUUGCGAUAACACAAGAGUGACGUGGAACCUGUUUGUUUAGAGUUCACUCUGCACUGAAGCCCCGCAGAUGGUUCUAAAGAAGGGGAAGAGAAGCAGCUGAUAAGGGUUUGGUGUGAGCAAGCUCAGCGCUGGUGCCUUUGGGCCCAUGCCUUUAAAACAUUCCCCUGGAAGGCCUCAGCCACACCCCCUCAGACUCGCUGGGCACUGAUUGGUUGAGUUUGUCUUGCCCUGAUCGCCCAGGGUUCUCCCACCCGGUCUCCUUGUAGACCUUUGCUCCUCACUUUCUUCUGUUAGUUUGGGAACACAACAGGAGAUACAUAGCCACUGCCAGCUUGACACAGCCAUGUUCACCCAUUCCUACAGGAAGCUCGUGAACUGUCCAAGAGGAUUCAUUCCAAAGAGCUUAGUGUUUCCGUAGGGCUGGUUGGUGCUUCCGUAGUCUGUCUGUCACUGGCAGAGCGAAGGAAAAUGUGACUCGCGUUCUGUGUCACUUCCUGGUGGGCAGUUCACUGCCCCCUCCAGUGUUUUCUUCCCUGGUUGUUUUUUUUUUCUUUUUUAACGGAAAAGGAUAAUCUUCAAGUUAUGUUAUGACCGACACUUUCUUUGUUUGAAAGGUUAUACUGAGUCCAUAGUUUGGAGUGUGGAAUAAACACACACGUCAACAUUGUCACAAAACCACAAUAAUUGUGUGUCUCACACCUGUGAACCACAACUCUGCGUUCAUUUUCUUUCUUUGGACUAUGGAAGGAAAUGUUUCAAAAUAAAAUAGUUCUCAAUCA